UGGUCCGGCAGAGCGGCCUCACACCCGGAGAGGAGGGCGGGGCUUGGCAGACGCGCAGCUACAGGGAUACCAAGAUGGAAAUGCAGGGGCUUUCUGAUGCCCUAAACAUCCACUCUCAACAUGGCGCCGUACACAGAGCCGCUGCAACCCCGCUUCAAACAGCGUCAGGGUCCAUUUCGCCUUUUAUUUUCGCCGAAAAUGAAGCGGAUAGACUACAGCCGCCGUGUCGCCCUCAGAGUGACAACAACAACAACACUACCAGGCCGAAGACGCUUCGCCUGGCGGCGGAAAAUGGCAGCGAUGUCUCCUGCUGGCCUGUCAGAAAACCUGCCGUCGGCGCGAAUUCAGUAAAUUACAGAGCCGACCUGGAGCUCCACAGCAUCAUUUCGGAGAAGGAGGCCGAGCUCCAGACGCUGCUCGGCUCGCACGAGGCCGCCUGGAAGUACGAGGAGACCGGGGAUAGCGCCAUGCAAAUGGCGCUGCCUCUUUUCGAGGGGGAAGAGGAAGCGAUGUCUCCUCGACAGAGGCUGCCCGGAGACGCUCGGGGGGACACCGAGGCCGGCACGGAUAAGCCCGCUCAGGAGCUAUUCGUUGUGUUUAACGUCGUCAAAGAACACGGAGCCGCCAAGCAGCAGCUGGGUGACAGCGGAAGUAAGAACAAAUGUCGAAACGGUCGCUCAAAAUCUGAUGACGGGGGCUCCAUGGAGGUCGCUCUGAUCGAUAGCGUUGCCUUCCCUGAAUGUCACGACAGCCUGAGUUGCCUUGAUACAGAACGGGCUUUCGACGCGAAUAAACAGGUCCAAGAUGGUUUAUUGACAAACAAAUAUGGCGACAAGGUUUGCGGUCAGAUGUUCGCGGAGAACAGUGAAGCUGUCAAGGAGCAGCAGGACAGGAGCGAGGAGAACGUCGCGUUGGUUUCUGAGGUGGUGGGAGUGAUGGAGGCCAUGGAAACAUCAGGGUUUGUGCCUGACGCUGGGGGGCUGAAGGCCUCCACAAACGCUGUCACGUUCUCCACCAACACGCCCAAUACUGAGACUUUUACUGGAACCAUAACAGUGAACAAUCAGAGCAUCAUAGUGACUGUUGAGAACGGCCUCUUGACCCUCACGACUCCAUCACACGGUCAGGGAGCAAAGGAUGACAGCAUGGUCAGCCUGAAGGAACACUUGGGCAUGAAGGAUCAUGAAGAUAUCGUCCUUCUGAACUAUGACAGUGGUACCAGGUCCAUUGGGAAGAUCAGUAAGCUGGCAGUUUCUAGCACCAACCAUCAGGAAGAUCCCCACGCUGGCCUGUCUGUCAGCGAUUCAGAACUGGCUUUAGUGGAUGAUUUGCCAGAUCUCAGCACCUCACUAGAUUCUUAUCGUUUGGUGAAGCCGGAAACAGGAGCUCUGUGUGUGGUCACAGAGGCAGGCCUGCUCUCCUCUUCACCUAAAGCCACUCCAACCAAAAGUCACAAUGAAGACUCGCACUCUGUCCCGCUCAGCCGGUCCAAAAAAGAGACAGUGGCCAGCUUUGGGUGCCCUGAACCGGGCUGCUCCUGUACGUUUGACUCUCGCCAAAAGCUCAAGGUUCACCUCCUGAACCACGCAGAGGACCCCCGGCCUUAUCAGUGCACAGUGGAGGGCUGCAAAUGGGCUUUUGCCACUUCCUAUAAGCUGAAGCGCCACCUUCAGUCGCACGAUAAGCAGCGGCCUCACAUGUGCCAGUUUGAAGGCUGUGGAAAGCGCUUCACCACAGUUUACAAUCUGAAAGCGCACGUCAAAGUACACGAGCAGGAUAACGCCUUCAUCUGUGAGAUCUGCAGCGAGAGGUUUCGAACUUCAACCAGACUCAACAACCAUCAGAGGGUCCACUUUGAGCCGCAGAGGCCACACAAGUGCGAAUUUCCAGCCUGCGAGAAAACCUUCAUCACCUUCAGUGCCCUGUUUUCACACAAUCGUACCCACUUCAAAGAAACAGGCAACUUCACAUGCACGUACCCGGGCUGUGACAAGACGUACGACAAAGCCUGCCGUCUCAAAAUACACAUGAGGAGUCACACUGGUGAAAGGCCGUUUGUUUGUGACUCUGAAGGUUGUGGUUGGUCCUUCACCAGCAUGUCUAAGUUACUUCGUCAUAAGCGGAAACAUGAUGAUGAUCGCCGCUUUAUCUGUACUGAGGAGGGGUGUGGGAAGUCCUUCACCAGGGCCGAGCACCUCAAGGGCCACAGCAUCACCCAUCUGGGUACCAAGCCUUUUCAGUGCCACACAGAUGGUUGUAAUGCCAAAUUCUCAGCCAGAAGCAGUUUGUACAUUCACUCCAAGAAGCAUAAGCAGGACGCCAGCAGCCUGAGGACCCGCUGUCCCGUGGCCAACUGCUCCAAGCACUUUUCCGCCCGCAGCAGCCUGAAGAGCCACAUGCUCAAACACCACCACCUCAGUCCAGAUGUUUUCAGCCAGAUGGAGACCACGCCCAGCCUGACCCCGAGCAGUGAGCUGGUCAGCUCCACCCUGACACCAGUGGCAGCGCCGGGCGCUGCUGGAGGCGACCAGCUCCCCAGCCUGGACCUCAGCUCCUUGUUGUCAGCCGUUCCCGGAGACCCGGCUCCUACUGCCGGCAUCGGAGUGGGAAUUCCUGUGGCAGGGAGCAGCUCCAACGUCCCCUUCACAAUGGACCUGUCUCUGGUCAGCUCCGGCAUCCUUACCAUUGACCCGUCCUCAGUGGGCACCACACUCGUUGCCAGCUCGAACACCACGAUGGCCAAAACCUUGGACCCGCUCAUUAUGGCCCCCAGCACUGACAUCGGCCCUCAUCACGGGUUGGAGGGAACAGCGGGAGACGUUCUGCCCCCACAAGGCACCCUCAACCUGGAUGACGUGCAGACAGUCACCCCAGAGGCCUUGGGAGCGCUCACCAUGCACGGGUCUGGAGUCGGUGUGGACCCCUCCAUGCAGCACCCGCUGGGCUCCUCCAGCACCCUCAGUGUGGAGCCAUCCUCUCUGGCUGUGGCCCCCGUUGCUGAGCUGCUGGCGUCGCCCCCGAAGGUUGUGGAGGUCGGUGGUCAAGAAGGGUCUGGACCUUUGCUGGGAUGUGUGGAGGUGCUGGGCUCUCAGGAGGGGGGGAAGGUCCUCACCCAGUUCGUUUACUCAAGUCAAAGCAGCAGCUUCAGCCAGCAGAGAGACCUGGAACUCAGCGCAGUGUCUCCAAGCAGCUUCCUGGAGAGCGGAGGUUCAGCCAGAACUGAUUACAGAGCCAUUCAGCUGGCCAAGAAGAAGAAACAAAGAGGUUCCUCUGCUGCUACAGGAGUAUCUGGCACAUGCCAAAGGAAAACUAAAGGUUCAAAGGUUUCUUCAGCGCCGGCGCCACUAACCUCCUCCAGCGGGCGGUGUGGAGACGGAGCCGUGACAGUUAGCGGGGGCCUGACUCUGCGAGACCCGGUCACUGGUGCUCAGUACGUUCAGAUUCAGCUGCUGCAGGACGAUCCCGCUGCUGAUGGUGACCUGGCCUUUCAACUGAGCUCGCAGCCGUCCAGCUCUCAUUCUCAGCUCACCGCGGACCUGCCCGUCAACAUCUUACAGGAGCCAUCAGUGAUGACGGAGGACCACAGCGGCUCCGACAGCUCCCAGUUCACAGGAAGCACCAUCAAUCUGCAGGACUUGGAGUGACCGCAGGAGCAGCUGCUGCCUCAGAAGAACCUCGUUUCCAUUGACCAACAAACCCUGAGAGGGCGGUGUGCAUCCUCCUGGUCCAGACCCUCAAAAGCCUUCUUGAAUGAUACGCUUAGUGUACGUUUGUUUUUAUAAGGGGAAGACUUGAGUCCACACAUGCUGCACCUUAACUUGAAGUGGUUCAGUGGAAAAAAUCAAGUUUUUACUCAAAUCAGGCCUCUGGAGUGUCUCAUCGGUCCGUCCCGUUACAGACAGUCGUUUGUUCCACGGUGCCAUGCUACUGCUCACACUCGAGUUGCCUUACACACGUUUCCUGCUGUGCACGUACAGUUCUUUUUUUUUUGUUCCUGUUUCCAUUCAUACUUCUAUUAACUUGAUUUAUUUUUUUAUUAUAUUACCCAAAAUUGUGUUAAGAUCACAAAUAUUCUUUUUUUGUACAGUAUAGUAAGAGAUUCUAUGUUCUGAUCCUCGUUUUGUCCUUUUAUUUAUCUUUGAGUUUACAGAAUGGCAGAGCCGCGCGCACAUGGGUUCAAGAAUUAAAGCACAAUAAAACAGAA